GGAAAGGAUUGUUGAUUUCAGUAAUCUACCAAACCACUUUAGUUUGCGAUCAUUAUGGCUCAUAAAGUUCCAUCAUUUGGCGUUAUGGCAUCAACACUGGUAGGCAUUAGGCCGCAAUAUGCACAUAAUUACACCCCACAGUCAGGUAGUUCUACUCCUGGAGUUCGAUUUUCACAAAUAAAUGUUUUAGAUCCCACCACCAAGAUUGAAUUUGAGAGAUCGGGAAUCAAUCCCAACUUUUUUCACAUUCGGUCUUGUUUUCUCAACAAGUACUGGUCAUUUUGCAAUGCAACCACAGACGACGUCAUUUUGCUCUCCGGCCAAAAAAAUGAAGAUACGUCCCAUUUUUCAUGUACAUUGUUCGAGCUAAUUUUUGAGGAACAGCAAAGAAUCUAUUUCAUCAGAUCCGUUUUCAGAAGAAGGUUUCUCCACUUUAGUUUGAACGGCGGCAUUUUGCGGCUAGGUCUUCGAACAGAUACUCCGCCGACCCCAGAUCCAAAUAACGUUGAUACUCAGGGGUGUCGUUUCAGAUUGAUGGAGUGGGAUACGUUCGUAAAACUGCCCAAGUAUGUAACAUUCAGAGGACAUAAUAACAAGUUCCUCAAAGCGAAUAUGUAUAGCAUUUCAGCCUCAGCGGAUGAAAGCAAUAACAAUGACACCGCCUUCGAGGUCAUUGAGACGGGAGAUGGACAUGUCGAGUUACGGACUUCAUUUAAUGGCGAACAUUGGUUUAACAGUAAUCAUCAUAGAAAUUUUAUAAGUCCAUUUCCAUCUCAACCGGGUCCAAGAUCAUCGACUCGGUUUUGGCCGGUCAAAGUUAGUGGCAACGUAAUUGCUCUUCGUAGCGCAAGCAAUGAAAGAUUCUGUAGACACCUUUCGCAGGGGCAUUCGUAUGUAGAUUGCCUCAAUGCUUCCGGAACCGCAAUUAAUUCAGACGCUAGAUUAACAGUGGGCGAACCGGUUAAUGCGAGGCGAAUGUAUGACGUUAGAUAUCACAUGGAUAACGCUCGGAUAUAUGGUCAAAGAGCUGUCGUAGCAGGAACCGGCCGUGCUACUAACAGGGGACGAGAAGAAGCUAUGCUAAGUGUCGACAUUUCUUUUGAGGACCGUUCCUCUUACACUUUUACAAACAGCAGAUCGUUAACGACAGGUAUUAGUACCACUAUUACUGCUGGUUUUGGAAAAAUAGCAUCGUUGGAGGUAGGUAUCGAGAUAUCAUCUGAGCAAACUGUUUCAACGGAGUUAGGUAAAGAAGUAUCGAGAACAAUCACCUCAGGAACUUCAUAUUCAGUACCUGUACCGCCGAUGAGCACAGUAAUAGUUAAUUAUGUGGCAACAGAAGGGAAAUGCGAUAUUCCUUUCUCAUACACCCAGCGAGAUCAGGAUUCUAUUAAUGGAACUUUUCGUUAUAGUAAUAAUGUGGAUGGUGUUUAUACUGGUGUCAAUUAUUUCCACUUCGACUAUGACCAACCUCGGUUUAGAAGCCUGCAAGAAGAAGAGAAUGUUGAAUAAUUAAGCAGCUGUUGUUUAUCUUAUGAGUGUGCUGUUUCUUUCUUAUUGCUGGUUGUUUCAUGUUCUGCUUUAUUUCUUGUUGUUGUUAUUAGUGCAUGGCCUCUUUGGUGACUAUGUACGUUAUUGUUUUAUUUCAAUCUUCUAUUAUUCCGUACUA